AUGGCUGGCUCCCGCUCGUGGAGGGUCAUUGCGCAGCAGAAGCAGCAGAAGCAGCAGCAGCAGCAGCAGCAGCAGCAGCAGCAUUUGGUGUCUCUUCUGCUGCGCUCGGCCGUCACCAUCGGCUGCGCCUCACAGCUGUCUAUACACCCGAGAGCAGCAGCAGCAGCAGCAGCAACAGCAGCAACAGCAGCAGCAACAACCGCUCUGUUUCUUUUUCUUUUUCUUCUUCUGCAGCAGCAGCAACAACAGCAGCAACAGCAGCAGCUGCAGCAGCAGGAGACCGACUAG